UAUCUAAUUUAACUAAUUAUGCAAAUAUGAAACGACAAGUAACAUUUAUAAUAUUCCUGGCAACCCUAAAUCAAGUACUGUCAUUUGAAAGUGGAUUUAUUAACGCUUUCGGAGAUACGGAAGAUAUUUUAAUUGCUGAUACACUGGAUAAAAUCGAGACGUUUGAAGAUGUAAAGUUCAAUUAUACCGUGACUUGUAACUCGUCGCUCAAAUUAAUACAAAUUGGUAAAAAUGGGACGAAUUUUGUAUCAAAGCCGAGGAAAAUAAAAGUGAGAGUCGUCAUAAACGACACUGAUGUUGCUCUGAUGAGGUCACAUAAAAGUUCAAAGGUGAUGAUCUUGGAUUGCUUGAAUGAAAGUCGUGAAAUGGUUGAAGUUACAGCAGGACAUCUCGGUAUUACGAAAAUGACUGUUGAAAUCACAAUCGACAAUUCAAAGACGGAGUUAGCACACAUAGAGAUUCGUGUCAAGCGAAAACUUACUUUAUUCGAUAAACUGACGUUCUUUAUUCUCGGACCGCUAAUUUUACUCAACAAAUGUGCCUUCGGUGCAAAGAUUGAAGUUGACACUCUGAAACACAUUUUCACUUACCCUGCGGCUCUUGUACUUUGCUUAUUCAUGCAGUUUAUAGCAAUGCCUUUACUUGCCGUGUUCUACUCUACGAUAUUUCAACUCAACCAGGCGAUGGCGCUAGCACUUUUUGUUGGUGCUACAUGCCCUGGAGGAGGGGGUGGAUAUGUAAUCAGUUAUCUUGUCGGAGGGGAUGUAACGCUUGCGAUUUCCGCAAGCUUGCUGUCUACGAUUGUUGCAAUGGGGGCGAUGCCCGCUGUUAUUGGGUUGUAUGCAUACGCAACACACAUUCCUGACAGUAUUGAAAUACCGUACAUCAAAAUGGUUCUCAUUUUAUGCGCCAUCGCGGUUCCAAUAUCCCUCGGAAUGCUGAUCAAUAGAAAAAAGCCACAAUUUGCGAAAAAAUUAAUCAAAAUCAUUCAACCGUUAAGUUUGUUUCUUAUCUUCUGCGGAUUUUUAUUCCUCGCAGUGUCUUCAAAAUACAUCAUCCAUGGCCCUCAUAUUGGAUGGGCUUUAGCAGUUCUACUGCCAUCGAGUGGAUUCAUCCUAUCAAUUGCAGUUUCUCGCGGUUUCGGACAAAGUUGGCCGUUCGCGAAAGCCAUUUCUCUCGAAAGUGGAAUGAAGAAUACAGUCCUUGGGAUCGCCGUGAUCGAAUUGUCUUAUCCUCAACCAGAAGCGGACUUAUCUUCUAUCCUAAUCAUUAUGGUGACAUUGGGUCAUACGACGUUAGCCAUGUUAUGGUAUUUCUCGUAUUUAAUCAAGCAGAAAUGUUGCGGAACAGAGGAAAGGAACGCUGAAUUCAUGAAACUGGAAAGCCUGGACAGUGAGGAUGAUUUUGAAGAAGAAAUAACAGAAUUAGCAGCACUGAAAGGGUGAUUUAUAUAUACAUGAACUUGAAAUUAUGCUACCAUUUAUGGUAAAUAUGUAUAUUUAUUUUAACAUGCUAUGCAAGACUAACAUGUACACACGAGUUAUAUUACCCUAGACCUGCUGUAACAGGGUUUUCUUUAUUGUACAAUCCUGUUAUCACCCUACCACUAAUUUUCCAAUAUGUUUUGUUUCAUUCUAAUGAUUCUAGGAUAGGAUUUACAUAUUUAUUUCGGAGGAGAGCAAAGUUGAUAGACGGCUCAACCAUAUGGCGAACCACGGCGUCUCGUCUGGUUACCAGUCCAUGUCGGGUAUGGAAUAGUUAGCAAGUUUUAUUUGUUUUCAGUUGCAUAGACUUGAUGGUGGACAAAGUCGCAACCGACCAGCGGUUAUGUGAAUCACCUUAGUGCUGCGAAGAUAUCAGUAAUCCUCUCACACACGAUUAUCUCUGCAUGGGAUUCGAACCCACUCAAGAGUAAUCAGAGGUGCCGUGGUGAGCGCAUUACUAACACUUAGCACAAUGCGGCACAGCGCCUAGCCCAAUUUAUAGUGAGAGCAUAAUAAACAUUAAUUAAUCACCAAGAAUUACCCCCAGAGAAGGUCAAAUUUAUUCUCGUUUGUGAACCCAAAGGGCAGGAUAAGUUAAGUUUGCCUUCUAACUUAUCCUAACCUAAGAUAAAGAAAAACAAACAAACAACACUAGUUUCCUUGAUUACGUUUAUUUUAAGUUAGGUGUAGAUGAUUUAAAUUGUAUGGGAGAGGACAAUGACCUAACCUAGAUAAAGAAAACGGGUCAGAAAGUUAUUGUUGGGGCUUUAACAGGAUUGUACUGCCUUUUAAUUGCACUUUUUGUAACUGAUCUUCCUUAUUUCUGCCUCUUUUCCAUGAAAAAUUCAAAAAUAAUAUAAUUCAAAGGCAGUGGUCGGCAAACUACGACCCCCAAUUUUUUUUGGGCCCUCUAAUGAACCUCCCUUUAAUGCACAAAAACCCAAAUUUAUCGAAAAUUCAAUAUUAUCUGCGCACAGUAGUUUGUCCUAAUCCUGACAAUGGCUGUUUUACAGCGUUUGUUUUUAGUAAUUGGCUCGAGCGACGUGCUUAUACUUACCGAACGUGCUUACUUUAGUUAUGUUAGCACAGAGAUAGAAGUUGCCAGUGCAUCAUAAUUUGAAAUUUAAUUCGGCAAUUGCUUAUAGGUGGAAAUUACUGCGGCCCACACAUUACACCAAUUUGCAUAUUUGGCCCAGUAUGUUAGCCGACCUGCAUAUUUGGCCCAGUAAGUUAGCCGACCUGCAUAUUUGGCCCAGUAUGUUAGCCGAUCUGCAUAUUUGGCCCGGUAAGUUAGCCGACCACUGCUGUAAACAAUAUGAAUUCUGUUUGAACCACUUUCACUGAGAUGAUGAAUAAUAAAUUGGCAACGCUGAACUGAGAUAGUUCCAGUCCUUCCAAAUUGAAGUAGAUUCAUAGAUACCAGUGACUGCUCUACAUGGCCUUCUUUGAACUGAAAAGCAUAUAAAAAGCGUCAUGUA